AUGAAAAUUACAAAUCGGCUGCAAAAUUUUUUUUCGAAAUUUGAUAAAAAAAAGAUUAAGAAAGAUUGUAUAGUAAAUAUAAAAAACAUUUUAAGUGAAAAAAAUGAAAAAAAAAAAGAGGAAGAGUUAAAAGAACUAUUUGAGUUUUUGUCCAGUUUGCUAUACAAGGAUUUGGAAAAGGAUGUUGUAAAAAUACAAAUAAAUUUGCUAGAAAAAAAAAAAAAAAAUCUUCUUUUUAGAAAUUUAAGAAAGAUAUUUAAAACUUUACUUUUAUUUAAAAAUGAAAAGGAUUAUAUAGAAAUGCUGUGUGAUUUUUUAUUUUAUUUAUUUAAGUAUAUGAGAAAAAUAAAUGUAAGGAAAUGCUACAAGUUAAUUAGGGGGAUCUCUUCUGCAAGUCAGCUAUAUGGUAAUAACUGUCUAAAGGAUGAUAAUAGGGGUAGGAGGGGAUCACUAACGGAUGAGCUUCUUAAGAGGGAAGUAACUACGAAUGACGAUGAUAAUGAAGUUACAUGUACUACAAAGCGUAGCAACAACAUAGUUGGGAACAACAACAACGAAGGAAGUAAUAGGAAGCAUCUUGAGAGGGGAAGAAGUAAGAUUCCAACCUGUAUGAGUGCACAUAACGAUUUAUUGUUUCAUUUUUUACUGAAUAGCAAUAUUUUAAUAUAUUUAGAAAUGCUAAAAAAAGGGAGCAGCAAAAAUUUACAGUAUGAAGAGCAUUAUUUUUUUAUGAAUUUAAAGAAGUCGAUGAUAAAUAAAAAAUAUAUUUUAAAACUAUGUGACCUAGUUAUCUUUAUAAUUUUAAAUUAUCCAAAUUUCCCCAUAUUUAUUGAUACGCUAUUUAAUUUAUUUUUUUUUGUUCGUAAUAAUCUGAUUACGUUUUUUCUGAAUAAUAUAUACAAAAGGUUGUCAGACAUUUUUAUUUUAAAAAAUAAUGAGAUAAAUAAAAAUUUUACAGUAAAGAAAUAUUAUAAUCUUUUAUUUUAUGUAUAUUUUUUAUAUAAAAUAAAAAUGUUUACAUAUUUGUAUUUAUACCCAAAAAAAUGUGCAUUUUUACUAAAUGACCACGUAAAUGCAAAAGAUAUUAUGGAGUUUUAUACACGUAUUUUGAAUAAUUAUAAAAAUAGCUUAUAUUGUUGUUUUUAUGAAAUAAAUAAAAAGAAGAAUGCCAAAUCUUGGCAAAAUUUCUGUUUAGUUAUAAUUUAUUUAGUUAACUUUAUUUAUACGAGUCAUAAAAGCAUUUUGAAUGUUUUUCCAAGAAUUACCAGUAACUGCAUUUUAUUUAAAAAAUACAAAGAUGUCUUUCUUCACUAUCACAAAAUUUUUGAUACGUUAUUUAAAUUUAAUCAAGAUAGUAAUUUAACUAAUUUGAAGAUAAUGAGUAUCAUAUGUAGCAGUUUGUGUACGGACAAAAAAUAUUGUACAGACGCAUUAAUGAAUAAAAAAAAAAAAAAAAAAAAAAAAAAAAAAAUUGAUACCAAGAUAAGCCAAACGGGUCAAAGUGACAACGGUGAGGACAACAUAGGAAAGGACGAGCAGCGUGGGCUAAUAAACCCAAUAAUAGAGGAAGCGAAAAAAAAAAAAGAAAAAACAAAAGAGGAAAUAACUAAGUUCGAAAUGUACAAAUUGUUGUACAGGAUUAUUCCAGAUGGUAAUAAUAGCAUUAGCAUUAUUAGCGGCAAUGGUGGCAGUAGUAACGUUGGUAAUAGCAGUUGUGCUUACUCGUGUGCAUUAAGUUUCCACUUUUUAUAUGCCUUGACGAGCAGAUGUGUAAGGCUGUACAACUUUCCAACAAUUCUGAGAGAUGCCAUUUUUUAUAAAAAAUUGCUCAUUCAAAAGAUAUACAAAGAAAAGAAUGAAGAGGAGCAAUUACGAAAUAGUAACAGUACUAGUAGUGGUAAAGUUUCGUUAUUGGAGUACUCCAAAAAUUUAUACAACAACUCCUUUUUAAAUCUUAUUAAAAAUAAAUUUUGCCUUUAUAUGAACAUUGAUCAGAAUAUUCUGAACAUCUUUUUAAUAAAUGAAUUUGAUAAAUUUCUGACAAGCAAGAAUUUAAACUACAGGAAUUUUUAUCUGUUAAUGUUUUAUAAAACAGACAAGUAUUAUCAAAUAAAUAUUCUUCUGUUUUUUCAAAAAAUUAUACUUAGAAAUGUGUUAAAGUAUGCUCUGCUUGUAGGAUGUAAGGGGGGAGGUCAUAACAGUCAGACGUGUGGUAUGGCGGACAACGUUAUAGGGUCCGUUCAUGAGGGAACUAUAAAAACAAGUACUGCCCUAGGAGAAGCGGUUGAUGGGAAAGAGUCUACUAUGAAAAUCAGUAACUGUGUAGCGGACGACUGUUUAACGGAUGAUGGAGAAGACUUUGUUCAGGUGAGUAUUGAGGAGCAUCCUCGACAAGCAAGGCAUGUUGCCUACUUCUUUAAGAAGGAGAAUGCAAAACUUAAAAUGCUUCACAUGAACGAGUUUAACAUUUGUAGCAAAGACAUAAAUAGGAUUGUUUCGAAAGCAUCUGAAAAUACAUUCAUUGUUUUAAAAAAUUUAGACUUCAUCGAUUUAACUUGUUCGGAUAAAAACUUUCUGUUUGAUAAGAAUGCAAUUAAUAUACUUUUAUAUCAGAUGACAAAAGAGAGUUUUAAUCUGUUUAAAUUUUUACAUUCUUUUAGCUUAAAAAAAAAAGAAGAUACAAAUAUUUAUGUAAAAAAUCUUAGUUUUUUAGAAGCUAUAUUGAAAUGCAUUUACAAUUUUGUAAAUUCGUUUUAUUCAAUUAGUAAGCUUACCAGAUCAGGCAAAAAAUGUGUCUUAUGUUGUAAUGACAAAAAACAGUUCGUUUUAUUCACUAAUAAUUAUUAUGAACAGAUAAAAAAUAAAAAGAUGAAAACAAGAGUGACAGAGAAAAAUGUGUACUUACGUUUUGAAAAAAAUUUUAAUAGAAAAUGUGCGAAGGGAAAAAAUUUUAAAAUCAUGAAAAAUCUGAUUAAGCUGUAUGUUACUACAAUAAUUGAGAAGAAUAAAAAGGAAAAAUAUUUUUGUACAACAGAAGAAAUUGAAAUAGCUAAAAUAAUUUUGUUUGUUUUUAAUUUUAUGAUAUUUUAUAUGACCAAUAAUUUAAAUAAUGAAAACAACCUGAACAAGCAAUGUGAAAAAAAAAGAAUAAACGGAAAACAAUUAAAAAAAAGGUAUUGUGAUAUUUUCACCCAUAUACAUGUGUUUCCCAAUUUGAUAAAAAGGUAUAAGGAUAAAAAACAAACUGCUAGAGAUGAUUUAAAAAAGGAGUUGAUAAGAUUUUCGAAAAAUUAUUCUUUUAUAGGCAAACAGUUGAAUAGCAAUGUAGAUAAAAAUUAUUUCAUAUUUUUUACCAAUUAUAAUUUUUUGCAAAUAAACAAAGAAAACAAAGAUUUUCAAACGUGUAGGCAAAUUUACAAUCUCUUUAAAAGUGUAACACUUGAGAUGGUAUUCAGUAAUGGUACACUGCCAACUAAAGGGGAUGAAAUAGUGGAAGAACAUGGUAAAGAGCAAAAGGGGCAAUCCUCAUCCGCAUCUAUGUGUGUAUCUGAAACUGGAACUGUAACUGCAACUGCAACUGCAACUGCAAACGGGGGCGAUCAGCAGCAGGAGAGCGAAGAUGAUAUUGUCAUUUCGGGUGGAUCCUUGCUAGACAUAUUAGCAGAGAAUGCAAAAAAGGAAAGGAAGAGUCAUAUCAUGAAAAGAAAGAAAAUUCGUACUGAUCUAUUUUACAAUGUUAUCAAUUUAUUAAAAUAUUUAAAAAUAAAUAUAAAAGAGCAGAGCGCAGAAGGAGUAAUAAGGACUCUUCAUUACCUACUCCAAUCCCUUGUUAUGAUUUCAAGAAAGGUUAAAAUGAUUGCAAAGCGGGAACAAGUUCUGGUCGAGCAGUUGGGGGAUGUAGCAGUAGUACAAGAAAAAUGGCGUGGAAAAAAGGUGCAACAGGAUAAUAGUGAAAUGGGUGGAAGAAAUGGAAGGGAUGGAAGAGAAGAGCAAGACAAAACCGUAGACAGGAGCACAAAUGACGGUAUGUACACAGAUACGCAUGUAGAUAUGCUUGAAGUUAUGGGGGAAUCAUCGGAUGAUGUAACACGUGCGGAUGUGUGUGAAAUAACGAAUGGGGAAUUAUAUGAUGGUACGAAUAAAACAGAUAAAAAAAGAGCGAAUGAAGGUGAUAGCUGCAUUGGUAGUAGUAGUGGUAGUGAUAAUGGCAGUGUUGGUGGAAGUGAUAAUGGCAGUGUUGGUGGAAGUGAUAAUGGCAGUGUUGGUGGAAGUGAUAAUGGCAGUGUUGGUGGAAGUGAUAAUGGCAGUGUUGGUGGUAGUGAUAAUGGCAGUGUUGGUGGUAGUGAGAGUGUUAGUUACGACCAGUCGAUCAAUGCUGCCGCUCAAUACAUGCGAGAUAUGGCAUAUAUGGAAAAAAAAAUAAGACAUUUCUUACUAUGCUUUAAGGUUAAUAAAAAUGUAAAGGUAAAAGAGCCAAAUAAAAUAAAAGGGUUAAUAGAGAAUUUUACGUUAAAAAUUAUGAGGAUUCUUACAAAGGAAAAAAAAAAUAAGGAUCUAAUAAAGAUAACCAUAAGAUGUUUGGAAAAUUAUAGCACGUUAGAGAGUUAUAUCUUGUUGGGGAAUCAUAACAUGCUGAGGUGCCGUAACUCGUUGGCGAACAAAAUAAGAAGUAAUAAACAUAUCGUGGUUACUUAUUUAUUCCACUUUUUAGAAAUGUUAGAUGUUUUACCACAAGUAAAUCGGUAUUAUUCAAAAUUUUUUAAUUUAUUUUUUAAGAGUUCUUUUGUAAGAUACAUAAAUAUAAAUGAAAUGUUCAACAGUUGUUAUAAAAAAUAUUUUUGUCGAGUCAUUCAUAAAUUUGCAUCUGACCUGAACAUACAUGAUUAUAUUAAAAACAAAAUAAAAAUACAGACUAUAAAUUCUCAACAAAAACAAGAGUUGUGUGAAAGAAUUCUUCUUAUGAUAAAGAAAUAUAAUAAAAAGGUGUACGUCAUUGAUGAAGAUCUUUAUCGAAAAUGCAUUAACAGUGUUAUGAAUAAUCAUAGAAGUAAUAAUAAGACCCUUUUAAACUCCUUUACAUUAAAUGUACUGUCCCAUAUUGUACAGAAUAUUUGCAUUCAUUUUAAUAAAAUAUUGAAAAAUAAGAAUGCAUAUGAAUUUAAGAAAAAAAUUAGUUUUAGUCUAUUGGUUUUAUUAAAAAAAAUUAGCACAAUCAUACAUAUACAAGAUGAUAAAAAUUUACAGCAUUUCAAGGAUCAGUUAGUCAAUUAUCAUUUUGUUGAAAUUACCAAUUUUCAGAAAUGCUUAGAUAAAGAACUGUGCAAUCAAAGCAUACGGAUUAACAUAAACGAUUAUGUUAAAAAAUUAGCACAUGUUUUACAAGGCUUAAAAUUUACUCAACGUACAUGUGAUAAUAACAUACUAAAUGAGGGGAGAGCAGUAAACAUACCUACUAUAACUACACAAGGGAAAGAACAUAAGAAGAGAUCUGCACCACCACAUGCCAGGGAUAGAAAGAAAAUUAAAUGA